AUGGCGGCUUCCUGGCUGCCCCUGCUCGUGGGGGUGACGUCAUCGGUGGUGGUGGUGCUGCUUUUCGCCUUCGUCGGGGCGGCGUGGCUGAAGGCGAGGCGGAACCCUAGGAGAGCGGCGGCGGCGUUCUUCCAUCCCUACACGAACGAUGGCGGAGGAGGGGAGCGUGUGCUCUGGUGCGCAGUCAAGGCCGUACAGGAGGAGCGUCCCGACCUUCCAUGCGUCGUCUAUACGGGGGAUCGCGAUGCGACGUCCGAGGGACUCGUGGCCCGCGCCCUGGACCGUUUCGGCGUCAGGCUUCUAGCCCCACCUGAGGUAGAAUUCGAUCCCCGAUUCUUCCUCCUGUUUGUGUAUGUUCUUCGUUCAUCGUUGGUUUCCGCGCACUGUGCACGAUCUUCUGACGUCUUCCAGGGAGUGAUCAAUUCUGAGCCAUGCUGAUUUUCCUGGUCUUGUAUUAGCACGUAUUAAUCUAAAGAAAUAUUCACCUGUUUUUACUGGAACCGCCUCACGGAGAGAAGAGUCCAGUUAUAUUAACAGCUUGAAAUGAUUACAGUGUACCUCGAGGCAUUGAAAUGCCUGUGUUACAAUUGUAAUCAGACUCCAAGGAGAGAACAGGGAGAAUGGGAUCAAGAGUUCUGUAGAACGACUCUUAGGAAGAAUUCAGUGACACUCAGAACAGAACUCUGGAGGCGACAUCAUAAACAAUACAGAGAAAGAAUAUGAAGGACCAAAAACAGGGCAGAAAGACAGUCAGGGAAGAAGAACAGAGAAAAAAACUUAGUAAAAAAAUGGUCUAUGGUCACACAGAGGUUGUUGCUAAGGGAACCAGCUCCAUGGCAUUAUUCCAUGCACUCCGAAAACCCAUACCUGGUUCAUUACCAUAAUCCACCCUAAUAAACUUCAUGUAGAGAUCUGGUUACUCACAUGCCACAGAUCUUGGGACGUAACAGGGUGCUAGCUGUGGUGCUUGUUCAUACAACUUUCUUGCUAUUCAGAAGUGGAACCGUGCCACCUUCACAUAGGGAAACUUUGUUUGAGCUUUGUUUUACUGUUCUUCCAUGGCUGCUCUUGUUCCCAGACAAUAUAUCUUCUACUGUGUGUUUCAUUGAUUGCCAAUUUUCCUAUAAAUCCUCCUCAAAAUGGAAAUUAUAAAUCCAAGUCUGGUACAAUUGCAUUGGGUGUUUAUGGCAGAACCUCCUCUGCAACUGGACACUGCUCAUCUCAUUAGUUUCUUUGAUUAUGCUUGAUGAAUAGGUAGUAAUCUUGUCAAGGAGGAGGUGGAUCGAAGAGCGCACCUACCCCCGUUUCACUCUGAUCGGCCAAAGCCUUGGCUCAGUCUAUCUUUCAUGGGAGGCUUUGUGCAAGCUGACGCCACAGUUUUAUUUUGACACCAGCGGCUAUGCUUUUACUUAUCCGGUCGCCAAGCUGUUUGGAUGCAAAGUUAUCUGCUAUACACAUUAUCCAACAAUAAGCUCAGAUAUGAUUUCCCGUGUCUGUCGGCGUACCUCAAUGUACAAUAAUGAUUCUGCUAUCGCAAAGAGGUGAGCCCUGCUCUUGGAUUAAUUUUUCUAAUUACUGCAACCUUCAUGCCCACCAUAAGAUUGAGUGAUCAUGAAGUAAUCUUAGCCAGUCAUCUGUGAGCUCAUGGAUGGCCCAUGGGUUCCUAAUGUGCAUGGGCUUUGUGCUUGUAAUACUCUCCUGAUACCAUUCAUAUUGGCUCAUAUAUAGCUUCAUUUAAUUCGUAGUUUUUCAGCCAAGGAACAGCCUGAUCUACUCUCCAUCAAGAUCAUAAUGAAUCCGUAGAUAAUUCAAAAUAUUUCUCAAAAAUAUAGCAUACGCCCAGCAGUGUGGUGCAUCUCUUGGACUGAUUGUUGCUGUUGCUAGGAGCAAAACUGCGGCCCAUAGCAGACGGCGAAGGAGAAAGAGCAACAAAGAAGAUGGAAAGAGAGAAAAGAGAUAAAGAAUGCUGGAACACAGAUUUUAUGUUUUUCUGAAGGUUUUGUUAUUCUCACGUCCACAGUUGCUUGGGCCCACUAUGGUGAAGAAAUUAUGAUACUCAAGAGAGUAGAUACUGGUCCAUGCUUGGGAUAAAAAGUCAUUAAUACCCCAAAAAAAUUCCUCCUGGCUUGUGAAAGAAUAAGUGGUAUUCUUGUCUUUUCAUUCUCAUGCAUGAGUUCAAUCAUCGAAACAUCAGAUUCUAAGUAAAUCCAAGUGGUUUUCUACGAAUGAAUCCAUGGAAGGUGGGACCAGCUCACUUCAGAUUCAGUAUCUUGACUGCAUCAUAAAGAGGGAUGAAGCAUAUGCAAUUAUUCUAGAGAGGCUAACAAUGAUCAGUGUUCUCCAACAGGAAACAAUACCUUUGCUUAUACCUGCACAGUAUUAGCAUCCCUGCAUCAUUUGACUAACGAUUUGAUUCUCAAACAUGAUAUUAUUAAUCUAAUAUAACUGCCCCUGGCUUCUGGAAUUUUCUCUUUAAUUAUUUAUAUUACAAAAAAAAAUUAGGGUCAUGAGUGCUUUCCAUCAAUCGCCAUGUUUCUUCACCAGCUGAUCAUCUCAUGAAGUUCCCAUGACAUUAUUCCGAUUGGAUUCAUGAUCUUCAUAAUCUGUCCUCUCCCAGUACAUGGCUAUCUUGGUGCAAGAUCAUCUACUACACCUUGUUCACUCGGAUGUACGGCUUCGUGGGGUCCUUUGCUGAUCUCGCCAUGGUGAACUCCUCCUGGACAAGAUCACACAUCGAGAAGCUCUGGAAAAUUCCUCAACGAACCAGGAGGGUUUACCCACCCUGUGAUACCUCAGCUCUUCAGGUAUAUCUUCUCUCAGCAUUCUGCCUGAUUAUGCUGUAUCAUACACACUGAAUGAUUUUAUUUGUGCUUAAUUCGGCCCACAGACGCUCCCUCUGGAACGGCGCACAGAACCACCAGUGUUCAUAUCAAUAGCACAGUUUCGCCCAGAAAAGGUAAAUAACAGUUCAUCAGAAACACAAUCUCUCUGGUCUGUAGUCACCCAUUAAAUAGAAAGAAGCUCCUGUGGUUCUUGCAAAUAUCUUCAAUCAGGCCCACGCUGUCCAACUCGAAGCUCUGUCACUUGCUCUGGGGAGGUUGGAUGCGUCGUCACCCAGACCGAAGCUCCUGCUUGUGGGCAGCUGCAGGAACAAUGAUGAUGAAGAGCGGGUCAAGAAGCUCAGGGAAAUGUGUGACCGGCUUGGCAUCGAUCAAGAUGUGGAAUUCCAUGUGGAUGUGAUCUACAGGUUUGCAGUUCUCCACCAUCUUCUGCUAGUCGUAACUUCUUGCUGCUUCAUCAGCUCGAUCCUCCAUGGUGCAGGGAACUGGUCCGGCUCCUCGGAGGCGCCAUUGCAGGCCUCCACUCCAUGGUAGACGAGCACUUUGGGAUAAGCAUCGUGGAAUACAUGGCAGCCGGCGCCAUUCCAAUCGGUACCCCUCCGCUUCUUCUUCCUCCGUCCUUCCUUCCUUCCUCCCUUCCUCCCUUCCUCCCUUCCUCCCUUCCCAAAGAGAGAAAGCAGAAACCCUAACUGCACUGUGCGAUGAUCGUCAAGCGUCCUCUCUGACUGCUUCUCCACCUCCCACCAGCUCACAACUCCGCUGGCCCCAAGAUGGACAUCGUCGCGGACGAGGACGGCUGCCGCACCGGAUUCCUCGCCGGCGACGCGGAGCAGUACGCCGGCGCCAUUCUCGCCGUUCUGCAGAUGCCGGAGACCGAUCGGCUGCUGAUCGCGGCGGCGGCGAGGCGCCGGGCGGAGAGAUUCUCGGAGAAGAGGUUCUACGAGGAUUUCCUCACCGCCGUCCGGCCGAUCCUCCUCGUCGGGAGAUGA